AGCGAGAUGCGCGUGAACGACGGGGAGCAGCAGCAGCAGCAGCAGGGCGACGACGGUGCGGACGGUGGGCACAACCACAGCAACUCUGACGUCAUUCGGGUUCGACUCGCCUGGCCUGGCGACAUCGUCACCAACAUCACCCGGUUCUGGCGCACCAAGGGCCUGUCCCCCAAGCGGCUGAGCACGGGGCUGCUGAUGGCGUCGCUGUGCGCCUCGCUGUGCGACCGCACCGACCUCUACGGCUUCUGGCCCUUCGCGUGGGACCCCCGCACGGGCAGCCCCAUCCCCUACCACUACUACGACGCCCCGGGGGCCAAGUUCAGCACGCGCUGGCAGGAGUCCCACCAGCUGCCCCUCGAGUUCCAGCUGCUGCGCUCGCUGCACGCACACGGAGCCCUCCGCCUGCGCCUCGAGGCCUGCGCACAGCCCCCCGCGGCGCGAGGGGGGGGCUCCUAGCCCAGCUGGGGAGCCCGGUGGUAUGGGGGGGGGCUCCUAGCCCAGCCGGGAAGCCCGGUGGUGCAGGGCUCCUAGCCCAGCUGGGGAGCCCGGUGGUGCGG